ACUUAGUCCAGUGGUCUUGCAGAGCAGCUGAUGCGACGUCGUGUGCUAAAUCAUUGGACUAAAACGCAUUGGGAAAAGGAAAAGAUCAAAGAGGCUACUGGGCUCCGGGUGUUCCUAAUGAAGUGGCAGCGGGGACCUGACGUCACCACCGUCGCUGUGCGCGUGAACUUUGCAAGAGUGCACAAAAAGUGUUGGCGGACGGAGCAGGAAAGGAGCGACCCCCCCCCCCCCCCACACCCCCAACAUAUGCACCCCCCUCCCACCAUGCCUCCCUCCCUGCCUCCCUCUUCCUCCUCCUCCUCUUCCUCGCUCCAGCAGCCAAGUUGCAGAGAGCAGCUUCAGCCUCCCAGACCGCGGCUGCUUUCCGCCGGGGGUCCCCGCAGAGGAGCCGCCGCCUCCAUGUGCGUUUCCCGCGCCGCGUGCUGAGAUCGCUCCUCGUCCCGCCACGCCGCCGCCGCCAUGUCCAACGCCAACCACGACCCCUUCUACUCGUCCCCCUUCGGACCUUUCUACCGGAGACACUCGCCCUACGUGGUGCAGCCCGAGUACCGGAUCUACGAGAUGAACAAGCGGCUGCAGACGCGCACCGAGGAAAGUGACAGUUUGUGGUGGGAUGCCUUCGCUAGCGAGUUCUUCGAGGAGGACGCUACGCUAACGCUGUCCUUCUGCCUAGAAGAUGGACCAAAGAGAUACACCAUCGGGCGGACGCUGAUCCCGCGCUACUUCAGCACGGUGUUCGAGGGCGGCGUGAGCGAGCUGCAUUACAUCCUCAAACACUCCAAGGAGUCGUGCCACAACUCGUGCAUCACGCUGGACUGCGACCAGUGCACCAUGGUCACCCAGCACGGCAAGCCCAUGUUCACCAAGGUGUGCACGGAGGGUCGCUUGAUCCUGGAGUUCGCCUUCGACGACCUGAUGAGGAUCAAGACUUGGCACUUCACCAUCCGCCAGUACCGAGAGCUCAUCCCGCGCAGCAUCCUGGCCAUGCAUGCACAAGACCCUCAGGUGCUGGAACAACUGUCCAAAAACAUCACACGCAUGGGUUUGACCAACUUCACCCUCAACUACCUCAGGUUGUGUGUCAUCCUGGAGCCCAUGCAGGAGCUCAUGUCCAGACACAAGACCUACAACCUCAGCCCGCGGGACUGUCUCAAGACGUGCCUGUUCCAAAAGUGGCAGAGAAUGGUAGCGCCGCCAGCUGGACACCCGCAGAACUUCAAAACAGAAAUAUUCCCCACCAAUCACAAAAAAGGUCGCGCCAAAGCUGAGCCCGCCCGACAGACCACCACCAAGAGGAGGAAACGAAAGAACUCCGCCAGCAGCGCCAACAGCGGCGUGGGCGCCGGCAAGAAGCGAAGCCCCGCCACCAACUUCAGCCUCUCCAGUCAGGUACCUAAUAGCAGUUUUAUUUGA